CGUUCGAGACUACAUUACCCACGAUCCCCCGUUCCUGCAUUUGUCGGAUUGUGCUGGGCGAAAAAAGCGUAAUAUUGUUCCAAUGAUCGGGAAUCAAUAACAUCCAAGCCAUCUACAUAAAUCAUCCAAUCAUAAAACAAAUUGAAUCAAUUCUCUGACUACACAAAGAUUUAUCCAGAAGCUUGGAUGUUUGUGUAAGUGUAUGGAAAAUGGGGCACUUUUGCACAGCGGGAGACUGAUGAAGGUCAUGAGGAUACAACUGAACACAUCAAAUGGAAUAGAGCAGUCUCUCCUCUCUGACAGACAGCAGUCAUGGAAGCUAAGGAAAAUGGGUCAGUGGACACAAAAAGCUCUGUGGAGAAUGGGCAGCUUACUGAUCCUGCGCACUGGGCUGUGGCGGAUGUGGUCAAUUACUUUAAAGCAACAGGGUUUGAGGAGCAAGCCAACGCUUUCCAGGAUCAGGAAAUCGAUGGCAAAUCCCUUUUAUUAAUGACUCGUAAUGACGUUCUAACCGGACUAUCAAUAAAACUGGGUCCUGCACUGAAGAUAUACGAGUAUCAUGUCAAGCCUCUCCAAACCCAACAUUUAAAAAGUACCGUCUCGUAGCUGCUGCAGACAUGUGGACACAUGGAAGACAAUCACGCAGUGCAGGGUAACUGCAGACAGAACUAAUACAUUUUAUGCAUCUUGAUAAAUAAACAUGGUGAAUUUAUUGCUUUUAAGGUCUCAUUCUGCUGUACAGGCACAUUUACAGUUUCAGCUGACCUAUGUUUAACAGUUUGUUCCUUCAGAUUUGACUUUGCG